AUGGCAUCAUCUUCUCCUUCGCCUGCUCAGAUCAAAGAUCUGGCAAGGGAAUAUGGAUACGUCGAACGACGAGAGGAAGUUUCGAAGACCCUGUUUUUCAGUGAUCCGAUGCACGAUCCCCCAACUUUAGUCAAUGUUUUCUACACGACACGAGGAAUCAUGACAAAGAUUAGCCAUCCGACGAGUGGCUACAAUCAACUUUGGAGGUCUGGCGCAUAUGAUUCCCUGCAGACUUUAGCAACCAUAUUGGAAAAUCCAAGGAAGCACACAGGUAAAGGUUACAGAACGACGGAUCAAUCAAUCCGUGGAUGUACACAGUGUGGGGAACCGAAACGUCGCGGUGAAUUCAGUAAGAACCAAUGGCGGAAGGGGCCUGAUUCGUGCAGGUGCCAGGGGUGUGUUUCUGGACCCACCACGAGUGUCGUGGAAGGCUAUAACCAUAAUCCCGCUACGAGUAGUGCCACUCUUGGCGUGGACUACAACCACAACCAGCAUCUCAUUUGCGAUGCGGCUGGUUGUGGCGCAGAAUGUCAUAAUAUUCGAUGCGAAACAUGCGGAAUGGUUUAUUACUGUUCUCCGUCUUGUCGAAACCGACAUUCGGCAAUUCAUCAGUCAGAGUGUUUCCCUAUUGUUAUGAUGAAAUCAAAGGUAGCAUCGAAUCCAAAAUCUUCCAAUCACAUGGAACGAGGACAUGCAAUGGCGACGAUGUUGUCUGGAAAGCGUACCUUUGAAGCGUUGUUAUUACAAGCUGAAUGCAUCCAUCAGGAAGAUGGAAACUGGGACACUGCCAUUGAGCUGUACAAGCAAAUAUUAGGGAAUUUUGAGCAACACCAGGCAUCGCCACCUGAAUGGAGGAGGGUAUGGAUGGGACUUAGCCGGUGCUUUUUUGAGCUUGGCGACUACGACAUGUCGAUUCAUGCUGGCACAGCAGCGCUAGAGAUGAACCGUCACUUCCCACAAGCUCAUAAGUACGUAGCACUUGCUCAGAAGGCCAGUGGGGAUGUGGAAGGUGCGAAAGCGACCCUGUCGAGAGCGAUACUGUACGAAACUCCUUGGGACGAUGAUAACAUUCAAUCGAACAAACGACUUUGGCAAGAAAUGUUUGGAGAUACCUAA